AUGACCGCGGCCUCGCUCAUCGAAAGCACGCCGCGCGCGGUGCGCAUGAGCUACCGCAUCGGGCGCGGCGAGCAGGGAGUGCUGACGUUCGAGCCAUACAAGUCGGCGCUGCUGCCGCUGUGGCGGUUCCGGACGGUGGCGGUCGCGCGCGCGAGCGCCGCCGACCUCUGGCGGCGCUUCGAGGUGUUCGGCGAGCAGGGCGACUUCGUCGGUAUGGACAUGGCGCGCAAGUUCAUCCAGAUGGGCAUGACACGCGCCAAGCGGUACGCCAACCACGCCGGCGGGCGCAAGUACAGCAAGGCCACCGGCGAGCAGCUGCCGCGCAGCGAGGCCCACCGGGGCAAGCAGGAGAAGGAGGCCGCCAGCCGGGUCUUCAGGGAGUACUGGGAGCGGUGCCGGGCCCAUGAUGUCUACAAGACGCUGAAGGAGCAGUUUCUCCAGGAGCAAAAGGAAUGGGAAAAGAGCAUGAAGGAAAAAGAGGCAGAAUAG